UUGUAGGAAAAGACCACCUCAAGCUAAACACUUGGCUGCACCCCACAUUUUCUUAAUCCUUAAGGAAGAGUCACGUCUCCAGCAUCUUGAAGGCUUUAUAUGCACCUCCUAACAACAUGUUUAGUCUUACAAAUUAUCCCCAAUUGACCACCGAUUGAAAGAGAAAACAAAAAGGAAAAGAGAGAAGCAGAAACAAGGAGCUGAAAUUGAAUUUCUGGAUAGGUGAUUUUUCAACGUUGAGUGAAAAAGGAAAGUGAUAUAAUCUUCGUAGGAGCUUGUGCACACACAAGGGCAAAAAGGUGAGCAUGGAACUAUGUAGAGGGCACGGCUAGUUGUGGAGCUCUUACAAGAUUCCAAAGAUCAAUGUACAUGGACGACGACCUGUAGGGUUAUUUUGUGGGCUAUUAUUUUGAGCUUACGCUCUAUUGUGCCGUAUUUUGGGGGUCCUAUCUUGUAUAACUUUUGAAAUGGCUUAUAGAUGUGUUUAUAACCUUAGAACAUACGUGUUGGAUUAUGGUUAUAUGAUCGUUGAUUUUGAUAUAAUAUAUGAUCAUCACAGGUGAUUUGCAGUUAACAAAUACGGACAUAAUAUUAAAAAAAUAUAUAUCUAAAUUUUAUGUCUAGAUCGAGUUACCAAUAUUAUUUCGACAUUGGAAUUAGUAUGGUUAUCUGUAUAUAUUUGGGGUGUGACAGAGAGUGGUAUCAGAGUGAGGUUAUAAUUCUGUAGACUGUCCAUGUACAUGAUCUCGGAAUAUGAAAGAGCACAGCUAUGCCAGUAAGUUUUAUUUGCUGCAUUAUUUUUGCAUAUUUCAUGAAUGAUAUUGGCUAACCUUUAUUUGCAGCCAUGGUGAGAACCAAAAAUGCUAGUAGUAGUAGAGCUAGACCUCCAGGGCAAGAGGCAUCAGUUCAAGAUGGCAGUCGGGAUGUUGUUAUUGAUAGGCUUAUAGAAUUAGUUGAGCGCCAAUCUCAACAAAUUCAACAAUUAAUACAACAAAGAGAAAGGGGAAAACAACAAAGGGCGAAAUUCUUACAACCACAACAAAGGGAUGAACAUAUUGAGACAGUUGGAGAAAGAUUUAGAAAACUAAACCCUCCAAUAUUUGAGGAUGUAUUAGAUCCAACUACAGCAGAGGAUUCGUUGAGAACUUUAGAGAAUAUGUUCAGGUAUACGAGAGUUUCAAAAGUAGAAAAGGUGGUUUGUGCAUCACUUAUGCUACGAGGUAGUACUGGACAUUGGUGGGAUACGAUGAGUAGCAUUGAAGAUGUAAAUGCCAUGACUUGGAAGAGAUUUAAAGAGUUAUUUUGUAAUAAAUAUUUUACAGCUCCUGUUCAAGCCAUGAAGAUGAAUGAAUUUAUAUAGUUCAGAUAAGGAAGGAUGACAGUGGGAGAGUAUAUUCGUAAGUUUGAACAACUAUCCAGGUUUGCUACCCACAUGGUUAAUACUGAGGUACUAAAGGUAGAAAGAUUUAUUGAGGAGCUAAGACCAGAGCUAUAUAGAGAUGUAAGCAUGGCAGGAAUCCUAGAUGUUUCAUAUUCUCAAAUUGUGAAGAGAGCCUUAGUUGCAGAACAAGCCGAACAAAGGAUUAGUCACAAGAGGCUCGUCGACAGUUUAGGCAAGGUCAAGGACAGCAUUGUCCUAGAAAUGAUAAGAAAAGGUCUUUCCAAGGACAGAAUCAGAAGCCUAAGUUUCAACCGAGAUAAAGACAACAACAUUGGGAUCAGGGCAAACGUCCAAGGAUAGAUUAAGGAAAAGCCUCAACAAACACAACCAUCUUGUCCCAAAUGUGGUGAGCAGCAUACUGGAGCAUGUCCUAUAGAGACUAGAACAUGUGUUAUGUUUGUGGAAAGAUGGGACAUCUUGCUAGAGCAUGCCCAGGUAAUCCAAACCCUAUGGAGCAAAAGAAAGUGUCAGCUAGGGUGUUUACUAUUACCAGAUCAGAUGCUAAGACAAAUCAAUCCGUGGUAACAGGUAAAUUCUCUAUUUUUGGCAUCACAGUACUAGUACUAUUUGAUUCUGGAGCCACACAUUCAUUUGUGUCUAAUGAGUACGUGAGGAGGUUGUGUAGGACACUUGAUAUACAAGAGGUUAGUUAUAGUGUAACUAUUCCAUCUGGAGUUGUACAACAAACCAAUCUAAUUGUAAGAGCAUGUGCGAUCCUUAUAGAAAAUUGAGAGUUCUAUGCAGAUUUAAUUGUGUUAGAUAUGAAAGAUUAUGAUAUAAUUUUGGGUAUGGAUUGGUUGUCAAAAUAUGAAGCUACUAUAAAUUGUAUGAGGAA